GUGUUUGUAGAUGUCCUUGUAGAUUCAUUGGUUCUUGCCUCUCCCAAUCCACUAACGUUGAAAUGAAUGUCGAUGCAUCGAAAAAAUCGUCACAAGGCUGUUGAAAGAGUUGAGAGAAAGAUGAAGAUUUUAGUUGCUGUUUUGUUUGUCGGAGUCAUAGGAGUUGUUCUAGCAGAUGUCAAGACAGUGUUUGAAGAAGCAAAAAUCGUUUCUGAUAUUUUAGAUAGUGCGCCAACAAAAGAAAUUGAAGUGAAAUAUGGUGAGCAAAAAGUAAAUUUAGGCAAUGAAUUUAAACCAACAAUAACUAAGGAUAUUCCUGAAGUACAUUAUGAGCAUGAAGGUGGAGUUUUAUAUACAUUAGUUUUAACAGAUCCCGAUGCACCAACCAGAGGAUAUAAUCGUGAAUUUCAACAUUGGCUAGUGGGAAAUAUUCCAGAAGAUAAAGUAGCUAAAGGUGAAGUUCUAACAGAAUAUGUAGGACCUGCCCCACCAAAAGGCUCAGGCAAACAUCGGUAUAUUUUUCUAUUAUACAAACAAAACCAAGGAGCAAUUACAUUCGAUGAACGCCGUAUUGGAAAUCGUGAUAAAAGACGUAAUAGAUUUUCAAUUAAAAAAUUUGCUCAAAAAUAUAAUCUUGAAGGGCCUAUUGCUGGAAACUUUUUCAGAGCUGAGUAUGAUGAUUAUGUAUCAACUAUUCAUCGUCAAUUAGGGUUUUAAACAAAACUAACACAUUAAUGCAACAUAAGUAUUAUAAUAAUUGAUACCAUUGAACUGCUAUUGUUCAAAAUGUGCAAAAUGUUCAAUUCAGAGCAAAAUUCUUGUCUAAUUAAUAAAAACAUAUUUGUAUAUUAUCUUAUUCUGAAAUAAAUUUUUUUCAUCUUUUUAAUGUA